AUAUUUUAAAAUUUCAGAUAUAAUCAGAAACCAUGAAACUCCUUCUGACUGUUGUGGCCCUCGCGGCCGUCACCCACGGCGCUCCCACCUCCUCCCAGACCAUGGAGAUCAGCGCCAACGGCGUGUCUGGAAGCGUCCUCAACAUCCCCCUCGUCGAGAUCAUCGUCAACAUGAUCAGCAAUGAAGCCGUAGCCCCCGGGACUGUCAACGAACCUGUUAUUGAAGCCGAGCCUGUCUUAGUUGUGGAUGACGUUCAACUCCCCACGCCUGUGAUCGUCGUGGACCACCCCGAGAUUAACCCCAUUGACGUUAUCGCUGUCAACCCUAUGCCCGCGCCCGCGCCUGCCCCCGCCCCCGCUGCACCUGCCCCCGCUGAGGUAGUGCCUAGUCCUACCCCAGUGGAUGUCGUGCCUAUGCCCGCCGAGAUCGUCGAGGUCCCAGCCCCUGAAGCCGAGGCCGCUGAAGGCAGCAGCCAGAUCAUCAACGUGAUGCUGAACUUCAUCUUCGGCGCGAGCGGCUCGUUGUCCUCGGUUGAGGUGCCUACUAACAUUAUCCCCCAGGUGGUCGGCGCUCCCCGUGUCUAAAGAUUAAACUCUAAUAAGUUUAUAUGGCAUUUAUGAAAUAAUA